AUGGUUAAAUAUAGUGACAAAAAACAAACGGUAAACAAUGAAAUCACCACUACUUCGGAGACAUCGACUGUCAGUUCACAGACAGAAGUGAUGGGUUUGUGCGGAAAGAAUGGCACAAAUAAUACCUCAAACAAUAAUCUGCCGGCAAUUAUAAGGGGUUUUCUGUUUGAUUUAAACGACUUGGAAAGGACUCGAUUGAAACAGUUGUUCAGUUCAGCGACUCUUAUCAGGGAUCCAGUGGUGACGAUGGCAUCGGAGGCCAAUACAGGGCCCGAAAUAUUACGAGUGUUUCAAAUCAGGACUGAAAUACAUUUUCGGCGUAUAAUUAAAAUGUGUAAAACAAUGACUGAAUUCACAGAGUUGUCCGAAACCGACCAAAUAAUCCUAUUGAAGACCUCGUGUCCGGAGAUUAUAUGCCUCUUAAAUAUUCUCACAUAUGAUUUUGUGGGCGAAUUCUGGACUCUUUAUAUCGGCUAUGAUAAGGCGGCCAUAUUGAGAAUGGACAUUUUACGACAGGGCAUCGGACAUGUCUAUGAUUUUCAAAAAAGCUUUAUGUUUAAACUUAACCAAGAGUAUAAUCAAGACAUUAAUCUCAUGAAUUUGGAGGCUCAGGAUUGGGGUACGAGGCGUGGCUAA